UGUGCGUCGGCUGCGCUCAGACCUGGCAGUAUGGCGGACUGUGGUAGUGAAGAGGUUGCUGUUAUUGGAAAUACGGACAUAACUGAUGAGGAGUCGCAGGACAACAAAAAUAACAUGAUGGCUGAGGGCUCCUGCCUCCUCCGCAAGAUGGAGAUCAGCGUCGCCGAAGCCGAAAAAAGGACGGGGAAGAACGCGGUCAAUAUGCAGGAGACCUACACCGUUUACCUCAUAGAGACGAGGCUUCAGGGAUUGGCUCCAGAUGUCCAGGACCCUCCAUUGCAGCCAGCUGACAGUGUGACCGAAGGCCACAACCCGGUUCCCGACUCCCUGUGGAGGAGAUACAGCGAAUUUGAGCUUCUCAGAAACUACUUAUUAGUCACCUAUCCAUUCAUUGUCAUACCACCACUACCUGAGAAGAGGGCUGAGUUUGUCUGGCAUAAGCUUUCAGCAGAUAACAUGGACCCGGACUUUGUGGAGCGGCGGAGAAUUGGGCUGGAGAACUUCCUGCUCCGUGUUGCCUCACAUCCAGUGCUAUCCAGUGACAAGAUUUUCUUUCUCUUCCUUACAGAGGAGAAUGGAUGGAAAGAAGCUGUCUUUGAAACAGGAUUUCUGGCAAAGUCUGAUUCAAGACUGAAAGCGCUCAAUGCAACCUUCAGGGUAAAAAAUCCUGACAAGCGAUUUUCAGAACUGAAACAUUACAGUGACGAACUCCAGUCUGUCACAUCUCAGCUGCUUCGUGUUCGUGCUAGAGUAGCUGAUCGCCUGUAUGGUGUCUACAAAGUGCAUGGCAAUUACGGAAGAGUCUUCAGUGAGUGGAGUGCUAUAGAGAAGGAAAUGGGUGAUGGAUUGCAGAGCGCUGGACAUCACAUGGAUGCGUAUGCAGCGUCGGUGGAUGAUAUACUUGAAGAAGAGGAGCACUAUGCAGAUCAGCUGAAGGAGUAUCUUUUCUAUGCUGAAGCUGUAAAGGCUGUGUGUAGGAAGCAUGAGCUGCUACAGUAUGAACUAGAGACGGCUUCCCAGGAUCUGGCCUCUAAGAAGCAGCAACAAGAAGAGUUGGCCGCUGGGACUGUACGCACCUUUUCGUUCAAAGGGAUGACCAGCAAGCUCUUUGGUCAGGAGACACCAGAGCAAAGAGAAGCCAAGCUCAAAGUGCUGGAAGAACAGAUCAAGGAAGGCGAAGUGACAGUCACAGAGAAAACCUUGGAGUGCGAGGAAUUUGUGAAGAAUGCUUGGAAGGACAUUGAACGAUUCAAAGAGCAGAAAGAUCAUGACUUGAGGGAAGCUCUGAUGAGCUAUGCUGUCAUGCAGAUCAGCAUGUGUAAAAAGGGAAUUCAGGUGUGGACUAAUGCAAAAGAAUGCUUUAGCAAGAUGUGAAGUGUCAGUCCUUUGUGUACUCAUGAGGAGCACAUCAUCAGACCCCUGGUCAAGAGUGGAAGCACUCCAAGCUUGAUGAUCCAAGCUCUUGGGAAGCACACUGCAAUGCUGCGGAUGGCACUGGUCAGUUUUUUUUUUUUUUUUUUUUUUUUUUUUUUCCCCCUCCUCUUUCUCCCCCCCCUUCCCUAUUUUUUUAUCCUCAUUGAGCCUUCUGUCUUGCUAGAUCCCUUUUUAGUUAAGGAUUUUCCCUUUGCCUUGUUCAUUUUUGAUGUGAAGGUUUCUUGAUGUAUUUCCACUGUAUUUUUAACACAACUUGUGUAAUUUCUCAUGUUGUUUAUAGACAUGCCAUCUUUAUUGGUUCGGUGUUCAAUUUUCUGAAGUUGACUUCACAACAAUGCCAAUCUCACCAAAGCAUGUACUGUUAAGCCAACCAAGCAGCUUAAAGAAAAUGCUUCUCUCUGCUGAGAUCUUAUGAUAGUGUUUUUGCCAAGUCUGAGCACUUUGGGAGCCCAAAUACUUAAAUUUCCUGGUGCACAUUUACUGGUGUCUGUAAAGCUUACACUGAAUAUGAGAAGCACAUCCAGUGUAGUAAAAUCCUUGGACCUGUCCUGAUGGGAGCAUUUUGUUGCAGCCUUUUUUUGUUUUGUUUUUUUUUUCCCCCCAUGAUUCACCAGUCCCUUCCAAUACUGACCAGCCAAAGACUAUGUAUAGGAUUUCAAUAAUCAUCUUUGUCCUGCCUCUCGCUGAAUUGUUAGACAAGCAUUGAAAUAACACUGCACUUCCUGUCCAAGAAAACAGGAGCAUUUACAUCCAUAAAGGUCCCAGUGUCUACUGCUAACCUUUUUUUUUUUAAUUAUUAUUUACAUGUCAGCAUAAAGUGCACUUAAUCAGCUGCACCGUGAUUUUACAUACGUCUGAUUGUUAAAUCUAAUAAGUGGUGAGGGAGAAAAUGGAUGCCAAAGACAAAAAUAUAAUCUCAAAAACAUGUUCUUGACCAUUUUUACCCCUGGCCAAAACAUCUACUUGAGCACAGAUACGGAUAUAUGGUGGAACUGAGUGGUGUGAAAAAUGAGUUUGUACAGAUUCACAAAAAGCCUUAAUCUAUGUGUGGUCAUCCCCGGGGCCUAAACCACAUUGUUUCGUCUUCAGUAGAAGGUAGGAAGUUCAGAAAUGCAGAGUGAAACUGCUCUCAAGUCAUCUUUAAAUAACAUUUGGAAUUGUAGUUUUUUUUCCAGAUUUUCUUUCACAUUUUUAUUGUGCUUUAAAAUGCUUUCCGAGUGUUGUCUGUAAAUGUAAUUUUUUUUUUUUUCUUCCCCCACUCCCCCCAACAACUCCUCCAGUGCAGUGUGUUAUGCUGAAGGUUGGAUUAAAUAAACUAAACUGAAUUUUAAUCAAUAUUGUGUUAAGACUAAAACAAAUUUUAAUCAAUGACUUGUGACAAGACCAUUGGAAUGUCUGGGUGCUACAGUGAAUGGGUCUUAUUGAUGAGACAGUUGGGGGUGCAGGCAGACAGGAUGCUUGUGUAAUGAGUUUUGCGCAGCCAGUGUAAAUAAUGUUCUUGGCCUUUUGGCUUUGUUGUGUUUCACAUGAAGGUGACCCUCCAGAAACGUACAGAUGGAUCCUUUUAAGAGUUUGCUGUUUGUACAGCGGAGGCAAUUGUACUAGCAAAUAUAAUCUUUGUGCCAAAAACACUAACAAAUUUGAGUUUUCUGAUUUCAGUACAUAUAUUUUAAUUGUGCUCUGCCAGUUGUGAGAUGAUUUUUAAUUUUGUGAAUGUACAUUUUUUUUAAUAAAGGUAAUACAGUUAUCUGGUGUACAGGCUGGAAUUGUUCUGGAAUAUUGUUCAGUACAUACAUCUUAACCACUAUGGUACAAGCACAUUUCCAAAAAAGCUGGGACAAUAUGUAAAAUGGAGGUAAAAUCAGAAAGCAAUUAAUUUGUAAAUGUUCUUGAACCCAUAUUUAACUGAAAACGGUUCAAAGACAAGAUAUUUAAUAUUGUAAAUCGCUAAUUCUGAUCGUAAUGCCUGCAACAUGUUCGGAAAAGUUGGAAAAAGGUGCCCGUUUACCUGUGGAAUCAAUUGUGUCCAAAAAGCCUAUUUGGAACUUUCGACAAAACUAACGAUAAAAUGUACGAAAUGUAUAUGGGUUGCCAUGGCAGCAGAGAGGGAGGAAGGACAAUGUCCUCAUUGCUCCUCGUUUAAACUUUGCCCAGCAGGAGGAGCGAAGAAAGCAUGUUUGUGCCACAGGA